UACAGAAUGCUGUAUUUUUAGAAUGAUGAUGAAAGUCUGUACGGAGCUUGAUAAUGAAACUGAUAAUAGUGUGUAAUGGCUGAAAUAGCGUGUAACAGCUGAAAUAGUGUGUAACGAAAGAAAUAUCCGUAUAACAGCUACAGGAUGUCUCGGAAGAAUGACGAUCUUGUUUCUAACAGACCAGUGGGUAGCGAUACCAUGGAGGCAGUGCUGUCCGGAUCUUUUUGCAACUUGCCAGAUAAAGAAUCUUCAGUGGUGCGAAUAUUUCUCAGCUCAACAUUUACUGAUAUGCAGGCUGAGAGAAACUGGUUAAUGAAGAAUGCUUUUCCACAACUGAGACAGUUUUGCCAACAAAGAGGUCUUGACUUUCAAAUAGCUGAUAUGCGUUGGGGUGUGCGUGAAGAUGCGACUGAUGAUCACAAAACAACAGAACUAUGUCUACACGAAAUAAAAAAUUGCCAGAAGCUAUCAAGGGGACCAAACUUUGUGGCAUUUCUUGGUGACAAGUAUGGAUUUAGACCUAUACCAUCAGAAAUAGAAGUUUCAGAGUUCAAACUGCUGAAAAAUACAGCCAUAAAAUUGGGUCAUGAUAUUUCCCUGCUGCUUACCUGGUAUCUGUGUGAUUUUAAUCGGGAACCAACCAUGUACACACUACAGCCAAUCAGCUCACAGUAUCCACAGUAUUUUGAUAUGACGCCAGCAAAUGCUGGUUCCCGACAGCAGGCACAGAGAGAGUGGUGGGGUGUAGUGGAAAAAUUAACAACACUGCUGAGAGAAUCAGCUGAUUAUCUCUGUAAGGAGGGUAAGAUGUCAGAGGAGGAUAAACACAAAUAUUAUCAGUCUGUGACAGAAAAUGAGGUGAAUGCUGGAAUAUUGUCAGCAGAUGACAUUACUGACAAGGUGCUUUGUUUUGAAAGAACACUUAUUGACAUCAACUUACAAGACACUCUGGCAGGAAGGUUCACAGACAUGAUAGAGGGUGCCAGAGAUACAGAGACAGACAAGUUAAGAGAAAAUCUACGCAUGAUGAAAAUUCCGACCAAAAUGACGUCUGCUGGUUUAUUCAAAUAUAACUUACAGUGGGAUAAAAUUGGUGUCAACAUCUUCAAGAAUCAAGAACAUAUCAGUUACAUCAAGCAGUUUGGUAGUGACUUCAUAAGAAGCAUACAGAAAAUGAUAACAGCUGCUUCUUGUGACGAAACUUCAUCUGGCUACAGAUCUCCAUUAUUUGAUGAAGUUCUACAUCAUCUUCAUUUCUGCCAGACCAAAUGCAAGUCUUUUUGUGGCAGAGAAAAUAUGCUGGCAGAAAUUCAAAUGAAACUUAAAACUUUACACAAAGUUGAUAAUGGGAAAAAUGAAAAUGAAACAGAAGAGAUUGCAAAUAAAGCUGAUGCUGAGGAAGUUAUUAGAGAAAAUCAGAAGGCUGCAUCAGAGAAAAGGAAACAGAUGCAAGCAAGAUUAAAGAAGCUCGGUUUAACAUUAACCAUUGGUGAUGAGUUUAACGACUUGGAAUCUGAUCCAAAUUUCAACCUGCAGGACAGGUUGACCAGGCUGCCGGAAAUUAUGGAAUACACCAAGCCUUUGAUAGUGUAUGGGAAGUCAGGUUGUGGAAAAACAGCUCUUAUGGCAAAAGCAGCCGAAAUGUCAAAAAUUUGGUUUCCUAAUUCGGUUUUGAUGAUACGUUUUCUUGGAACAUCGACUAUGUCAACCACAAUAAGAGAGGUUUUAGUAAGUCUUUGCUUACAGGUUAGUGAAGUGUACAAGAUACAGAAAGAAACCGGGAUAGACAUUGAAACAGAUUACCUGUUUCUCGUCCAAUACUUUGCCACGCUUUUGUGGAAAAUUGACACCAGGGAAAAAAAUCUUGUGAUCAUUUUGGAUUCUGUAGACCAGCUGAGUCAAGCAGACCAUGCUCACAUGUUUAACUGGCUACCUCACAAGCUGCCACCUGGUGUUUACAUGAUGAUUUCGGUCGUUAGCGACAGACUCGAUUGUCUCAAUAAUGUCCGUCUGCUGUUUUCCGAUGUUGGUCAGUAUGUGGAAAUUGAUCAGCUUGAAACUGAAGCAGCAACAGAAAUUAUUAAUGCUCUUUGUAAAAAUAUGCAGCGCCAUAUAUCAAAGAAACAGAAAAAUCUUAUUUUGGAUCAUUUCUCAAAGAAUAGCCAGCCCCUGUAUCUGAAAUUGUUGGUAGAUAUGUCAUUUUCCUGGAAAUCCUACUCACAAGUUGAUGAAAGUGCUCUAGGUAUUACAGUGAAGGAGGCAAUUAACCAUCUGUUUGACAACCUUGAAAAGAAUCAUGGUGAAGAGAUUGUGAAAAAAAGCAUCGGUUAUCUGUGUGCAGCAAAGGAAGGGUUGACUGAGGCAGAAAUGGAAGAUCUUCUCUCCUUGGAUGAUGAGGUGCUGCAAGAUACAUACAUCUACCAUUUACCCCCUGAUCCUGAAGUCAUCCGUCUUCCACCGUUGCUAUGGAAACGUGUAGAGUACGACAUCAGUGAGUAUGUUGUUGAGCGUCAAUCGGGUGGAAAAAAGGUGGUCACAUGGUAUCAUCGGCAGUUUUACGAGGCAACCUCUGAGAGAUAUUUAACAGAAGGUGUGAGGAAACAGUUUCAUCAAGUGAUUGCAGAAUACUUCCAGGGUAUUUGGAGUGAUAGUUGUAAACCACUGCAGCUGACAAAGGGAAAGAAGGGCAGUUACCCAGCCGCUAUGAGACAGGUUCCAGCUCAGCCAAUCAAAUUUGGCCCGAACAUGUACAACACUCGUAAACUCAGUGAGUUGCCGUACCAACUUAUACACAGUGAUCAGUUGCAGAGAGCACUGGCAGACCUUUUCAGCAAUCCUGAUUGGCUGUUUGCCAAAUGUUGUACUAUGACCUUGACCUCCCUCAUGGAAGAUUUGAGACUAGCAGAAAGGAAAUGUGUAGAAAAUAUAGACAGGAAAAGAGCGGAAUUGUUGGCAGUUCAGAAAGAAGGGAAGAAAGUGGAGCCCAUUAAUGCUGCAAGGUUAAAAAUUGAUGAAGAGGUGUUCCAAGCGAUAAAAUUUGUUACAAGGAUGGUCCUAUUAGCUGCUGAUAACACACGAAAGGAUCCAGUCAACUUGCCACUUAUGCUGUUGUCUCAGUUGGGACCUAACUACAGAGGGAGUGUUUAUAUUGAGAAACUCGUGCAACGAUGUGAAAAAUGGUGCGAGGACUCCGAUAUCCCAUUACUCGUGCCAGCCAGGGAGUGUAUGGCCAGGCCUGAAGGAAAUCUGCUCUACACAUUAAAUGUUGAUGUUGCUAUAGAGAAGAGAGAUAAGCAGAGCAGUAGGACAUACCUAUGCGAGGACACAAUGCAGUUGUAUGUAGUGCGUCAGCAGAGCGCUCGGCACGACCAGAUUUGCAUUCUGGAUCUACAUGACCAUGGAUCAUGUAUUACGAAAGAGGAUGUUGGUGUAUAUGUUAGAAGCAUUAAAUUUGUUGGUGAUAACAGAUAUAUGCUGCUAGAUGUCUACACGAAAAACGAUCAGUAUGAUCCAGAGUCAGAGGAAAGAUUGUAUGAAUCUUCUACUUCCUCACCUGUUACCUUUGACCCGAAACCAAACCAUAUAGCAGUCUCUUCUACUGGCAGGAUCAUUGCAUGUUCGACAGGAAAUGUGGUAAUGCUGUACAAGAAAGAUAAGCAUUCCAGACCUCAGUCAUUUUUCAAAGCUAAGGUACAUGAGCAUGAUGUGACUGCCCUUAUUAUCUCCCCAGAUGAAACUCUUCUGGUUACCACAGAUAUGGAGAAAACUAUUUUUGAGAAAAAAUUUGUCACCAUAUCUGUGGUAAAAAAACAAAAAUACACUAGAACAACUUGUGUGUAUGAUUUAAAAGCUAAGAAGAAAAUACAUGACAUUGCUACAACGAUAGAUGUAAAUAGAUGGAGUUUGGUCAGUCGAAAAAAUCUUCUGGUUACAAGAAUGUCAGGUCACAAAAAUAAAGGGACCAUAAUUGUCUGUGACCUAGCAGAUGGGAAAGUCAUACAGGAAGUGGUCGUGAAUGAAACAUACAAGUUAGAAAAGUUGCAGUUUCAUUCAUCAGAAGAGUUUGUUUUUAUAUACUACCAAGACAGAAUCAGUAAUGGAAUCAACAGUCAAUAUGCAGAGCUUGUUAAUAUCAGUUCCGGUAAAAGGUUCGGCAAAUGUCCAGAAGAGUUCAAAGGACCAUACUCGGGUGGACAGGUUUUUGGAUCAGACAGUUUGUACUACACUAUUUGCCACUGGAAUAGCAGUGAAGUUUCUGUCCUUUUUGCAGGUCAAGUGAGCAACCCUCUUGAUGAAGCUGUUGUUAUACACGUUUUGACUGGUCACAAUCGGCCUGUCACAGAGUUUGUUGUUCCCACCAGUUUGGACAUGCUACUUACGGUCUCACUGGAUAAUACAAUCAAGGUAUGGGACUUAAAGACCAUAUUAGGACAUUUUCACUCGGAGUUGUCUGCGAUAGAGCUGCAGAUGGCAAAGAACAACUCGCCUAUAUAUGGUCAGAGCCAUGUUGGUGAUGAUCAGCAAACAUUUAACCUCUCGGAUAUAGUGACACAUUUUAAACCUGCAGAUACUGGAGCCCGACUAGAGACUACAAGGCUCGCAUUUAACAGGUUUUGUGACAGCGUGUAUGUUGGUACUGAUAAUGGCAAGCUGCAACUGUACGAUGUCGACACAGCCGAGCUCAAGAUUACCUCAGAUCUUGAUGUAGGUUGUGUUCAGUUGAUACAGCUCUCCAAAAAUGGUAGAUACAUGUUGGUGGCCGGAAGCAAGAAGAAAAUACAUAUAGAGGACCUGUUGUCUCAAAAUCAGUCGGUUUUAGAGGCAAGAGGGGGAAUAUCGUGCAUGGCAGAGAGUAAUAAUAUACUUGUAGCAGGAUCAGCGGGUAUGGCGGCAAAAGGACGUGUUUGGAAUAUAGAAACAGGGGAGGUUAUGAAUGACUUUAAUUUGAUGUAUUCUUUCUACUGUGUGGCUAUAAACAGCAAGGGAACACAGAUUGUUUCAAGUUUGUCUGAUUUUCCGCUCGUUGUUGACUUAGUCGACCCAGGAAACAUUCCUGCAGUAGAAUAUGAAAAAAUGGAUAGAAUGAUGAGUGUAGCUAGAUGCUGCGAAAUAAGCCCAAAUGAUAAAUUUGCAGCAAUGGGUUCGAGCAAUGGAGCUGUUCAUGUGAUCACCAUGAAAGGAAACUGUGUUUUUCGACUUCAACAAAAGUCAGCAGCUGUCGCACUGGUUUUUUCACCAGAUAAUACAACUGUUUUGUCGGCUGGUUACCGAUCCAUGUAUGUCUGGUCCUUGAAGGAUGGUUCCUGCAAGUUCAAGCUGACGAGGCACAUGGAUUUCGUUAACAGCAUAAAGUUUGAUGUGUCAGGAAAAUUUAUCCUAACUGUUUCCAGGGAUAAACAACUAGUGUUAUGGGACUUUGAGAGAGUCGUGUCGAUUGCAACAUUCCCGACAAAUUGCCAGAUUAAUGCCGUAGAUAUGUCCCCGAAAAUCGGAACAGUCGCAUAUGUCCCAGAGGGUAUUUCAAACGUCGCCAUUUUAAAACCGAACCAAUCACUGCGCAAUGUAAUGGCAGGAAAUACAAAAGCAGUGACCUUGACCCCACAGGCACAAGCAGUUGUUUUGGCUUUUAGCGGUCAAAAUGUCAAGCAAGAGUCUAACAGUCGGUCUUGUUCUCUCAUGUAAACUUAAAAGACCACGUCUCCAGGUUCAUAAUAUUUUUUUUUGCAAAAUAUAAAAAUUGCUUUCAAUAGUUGUAAUAGUACAUUUUAGAAAAGGUAACGAUUCAGUGAGUUCAAGGCAUUAAUCUGAAACAGAAGGGUUGUAAAAUAUGUAGAAAAGUACCCAAAAAGAGUUAUGCAAUGUAUAAUUUAUUAUAUAAAUAGGAGUGUGAUGUAAAGUACUGGAUAGAAGUUUGUUUCAUACUAAAAAAUUAUCAACCUGAAUAGUGUUGAUAAUGAUGUCUGAUAUUUAAGAGAUGUUACUUCCUGUUUUUGAGUAUUUUGAAAUUUUUAUGUUCACCUGGAGGUAUUCCUUUUGAAUACAGUUGAACCUGUGAUAAAGACGACCUCAGAAAAAGGUCGCGCCUAUAAAACCACAUAAAAGCCACUAUAUUUUUUCUUUCUGUUUAACCAUUAACAGUGUAACAUUACCUGUACUGGAGAGACCACCUGUCAAGAAAGUCUGUUCCAUUCCUCAAGGGCGGUCUUUACAUACAGGUUUGACUGUAUAGCUACCGAUAUAAAACAGCAAAGUUUGGGAGACAAUAUUAUUAUGUUUGCAGCUGAUAUGUUAACACACACGUAUAUACAUUUUUACAUAACUGAUUUUAUAUAUGCUUUACAUUUUUACAUUGAUGUUUUUAGAUAUGUUUUACAUUAUUCAUAGUGUUCUAUACAUUAUUACAUAGAUGUUUUUUGUUACGCUUUACUUUUUUACAUCAAUGUUUAUGCUUUACAGUUGGCGUUUGCAGUAUGACUUCUUGGCAAUAUAUGACUAUUUUGUGUCAAUUCG